CACUCGCGCACGGAGGCCAUCUCGCGACCUUCUCUACGUGCCGCAACCGUACAUGCGGUGUAGACUAUGACAUACCGGCGACGGUGACCGCUCUCUCCAGAACCUGACCCGACUGUCUUUGAGCGAGCCAACGACAACACGUGAUGCAGGCCAUCACGCCCGUUACGCCUCUCCAGGCCGGAGGAGACAUGUUUCAACGGCUGAAGACGCCUUCCAUGCUGGAACCACGACCCGUAUCGCAGGUCUCGGAGGCGACAGAGAUCUUCGACACCGAUUUCGAGGACGAAAGCGACUAUGGGGGAACCUCUGCAAAAGGCAGCUUCGAAUCGUACGAUAGCAGACGGAGAAGUCAGACAACGAUAUCUUCCUACGAUGAAGCACGCACGCCGAGCCCGAGGACGAGCACCCAAAGUCGGCCUCCUCUCGACCUGCGCAUCGAACCUGUGCAGGGACCGAGAGGACCACAUCUGUUUCGAUCGUCGCAAGUCUCAGCAGAGUUCGACUUCGAGCAUGCAUUGCAAAUGUCGCCACUCCUGCCAAAGGACAUGUCCUUACAGCCGUCGCGUGCUGCAACCGCCUUCUCCGAGGACACGGUAAUGCAACCACAUGACUUGGCCUUCUCACUGGAUUCGACCUUGCGAUGUGCACAGAAUGAUCCUCACACCAGGAUUCAAUCAUGGUCCACGCAGGAUGUCGUCAACUGGAUGUAUGUCACUGAACUUGAUCCUACGGUCAUUGAAUGCUUCUACAUCCACGACAUCGAUGGAUCCGUCCUUCUCGACUUGCAGUUCGAAGAUUUGAAGGAACUUGAUAUUCCUUCAUUCGGCAAAAGACAUCAACUCUGGAAUGCCAUCUGCGUGCUGAAGGGAGAAGAAGGCCAUCCUAGCCCUCAGCCCACCCCGUUCCAGGACAUCAGCAGGCCUUGCACCUCACAAAGCAGACGCUCUCCCAGCCGAGGUCGCGAUUUGUCAUCUCAAGACGACGAUAGCCACUCACCAACCCAGCAUCGCGGCAAGAGCAAGCGUCGCGGCCGAAAGGCUCCCAAGAACAACGACCUCAUCACCCCUGCAGAGUCUGUAUCGAUUGUCGCCAUCGAGCAACUCCUCCCCAAACCUCACAAAUGUGCCAAGGGUGAGAGAUGCGCCAAGUGGCGGAAGCAGCAACGAGAGCUCGACCAGCUCAAGAACGAGCAUGGCAUAGGUCGAUUCCCAAUCAGCCCUACGAAAGGCGGCCACAUCUUCGUCGCCGGCAACCCUGGAAACGCGAGCACUGCUGAGAACAUGAUUCCCAACGUGAGACCUCAACCACAGUCGCAGCUAAAAGGCAAUCUCAGGCUAGAAGACCCCUUCCGCCCCGUGUCUGACGCUGGUAUGGAAUCCGCAGGCUUUCCGUCCGUGGUCGCAUCAUCAGAUCUCCUCGGCCCCGGUCAGCUCCCCGAAUUUGCCCUCCACGAAGACGUGCUCAGCCACCUGGGCGCCCGUGACCCGCAAGACAAUGUCAAGCAGUUUCUGCAAUUCCAACAUGUCCAGAGCCCCGUCGCGGAGAAUGCACCACCCUCACCACCCUAUGAAAUGUUCCCAUCCCAAUCCUUCACGCCUUACCCUGCCGCUGUGCCUCAACAACAACAACAACAUCAAGCGCCUGCUUUUGCGCAGCCGCCGCCACGACAAGCAUACACGCCCGGCCCACGAGGACAACUCAAUCAGCUGCCUAGGCUAGAGAUCCCGCGAUCACAGUCUGCUGGACCUCAAGUCUCGCAUUCGGCCAUUACCUCUCCACAGACUGCGGGCCCUACUGCCACGCCGGGCAUGUAUGUCUGCCGCAGCGCAACCGCGUCUCCAGCCAACAUCUGCAGAUCCGCAACAGCCUCACCAGGAGUCAGAGCCGAGCAGAUCUACCGCCUGGGGACACCGGCCUCGGUCGUUGACGUGCCAGCAAUGCAAGUCGGCCCUCCUACUGCCCCCCUGUCUCGCGACACUUCUCAGUCUGUUCCGCCAAACAUGCAGUACCGUCCUCAAGCCCCGCUGUCGCGAUCAAAGUCUCGAACAGAUCCUUCGCACUGGCGCCGACCUUCCAUGGCCCUACCCGUCGUCCAAGAAGGCGAGGUCCUUUCGCCCUCAUCGAACGGAGAGUCCCGUCCCUCUAUCUCAACCAAUGCCUCGUCGAGAUCAGUCCCCACACGUACCUCGUCCGUUCGCGACCCAGCGAAGCACUCCCCUGUGACCCGCGACUUCGGUUACGGACCAGAUUGCUCUCACUCUGGCUGGAUGCGCAAGCGAAAGACCAAGAUGCUUCGUCACGAAUGGACCGACUCUCACUUCCGUCUGAAGGGCACUCAACUCACCCAACACGCUUCGGCUCGCCUUUCAGCUGAGGUCAAGGACAGCAUCAACGUUGACGACUAUGCCGUGGCUUGCAGCAGCGUGUCCUCAAACCACAAGCUCUCUAGCGCAUUCAAGUCGCUCGCCAUCUCCAAGGGUGCAGAGAGCCGCAAAGAACUGCAAGAUGCUACUGCUUUCGCCUUCCAGCUUGUGCCGAGCGCCAAAGAGGGUGAGAGGAGACCCGACGGCAAGACACACCAUUUCGCCGUCAAGACUAAGGAUGAUCGCAUUGACUGGAUGAGAGAAUUGAUGCUUGCCAAGGCACGAGAGCAGAAAGGAAAGGGUUACGAAGUGGAGGUCAACGGCAAAGAAGUGUGAUGAGGGGACUCUGGACUUGGCCAUUCCUGGCGCGACAACAUGCAUUUUUCCUUUUUCUCUCUUCACUUCGGACACUAGCGAGAGAGUUUUGGGCGUUUCUUCGAUUCUCACUCUCGGUGAUCGGCUACUCUCAACAGAGAGGUCUCACGCCGGCACCGGAAACUUUUCACGAACACACCACGCCGCUUGACAACAUCACCACUCCGGCAGCAUUUAUCAUUCUUACUUGAUGGCAUUAUCUUUUUUCAGCAUCAUAAUAUUGGAUACCCUCUCUUCUUUUUCUCCAUCAGCAACGAGCGAUACGACACACAACACAAAACAACAACACACAUUUGAUCACGACACGACACGAGCGAGCAUGAUUCUACUGGGGCAUUUGAUAUCUAUGAAUAUGAGAGAGACAAGACAAAAUGGGGUCGAUUCAUGACCGGUGGAGGACAGACUGUUUGGCCUCGGGGCCGCAAUUCUUUUCGGUUCAAGUAGCAAGCAACCAUAUGAGCGCUUAAAAACAGUAGAUAGCUUUAUACUCUUUUCUUCCCGAGCGCUUCACUCAUUGACGCAAUGGGAGAGAAUUGGGAAAGGAAAAGUAAAAUCAAG